AUGCAACGUAUCAUUUCCCAAUCAUUCCGCUCUUUCUGUCCUCGCCUUGCGGUCACGCGCCCUUUAAACCCUCGGUCAUGUCUCUUGCCUCGGGCUCAGUGCUUAGUUCCUCUGAACAGACGUAACUUUGCCAACUCCCCUGCCCUAUACAAAAAGAAGGACAAGGCCAAACAGAGUUCUGCUCCUGAGCCAAAAGAAAGCUCUAGCUCUGCUGAAGAUCCCUUUGAUCUCUCUCAACUGCACAACGGCAUUUCCACGACUGUCGCUCGGCUCAAAGAUGAUUUGUCCAAGCUUCGCGCGGGAGGACGGUUCAAUACCGCUCUCCUGGAGAAUUUGAAGGUCCAGCUGAGCAAGGAGUCUAAGGAGUCAGUCAAACUCGGAGAUCUGGCUCAGGUUGUACCCAAGGGAGGACGGAUGGUCACUCUCUUGGCCGCAGAAGAGGAUCAUAUCAAACCUCUUAUUUCGGCUAUCAUAUCCUCGAACCUAUCCUUGACUCCGCAACCCGAUGCCCACAAUGCCCUCCAACUCAACAUUCCCAUUCCACCGCCCACAAAGGAGUCCCGGGAUAAGAACAUUCAAACUGCUAAGCAAGCAUUUGACAGGGCCUCUAGCUCAGUACGCGAUUCCAGAGGCGCGAUGCACAAACGUCUCCAGGACUUGCAGAAAAAGAAACUAGCUCGACCAGAUGAUGUGCGCAAAGCCCAUGAUCAGAUGGAGAAGGUCACAGACCAAGGUCAAAGAGAUCUCAAGGAUGCAUUUGAAGCGGCCAAAAAGACCCUGGAGCAGGCAUAA